AUGGCUCCAAGACCAGAGGAGGGGACUCGGUCCACACCCACUAUAAAUGACAAAGCUCAGGGCAAAGACGAGGUCAUCCCUCCAGCUUACUCCACCUUGGACCUGGUGAACCAGACGCCUGCUGAGGAAGAUCCCUGGGACCUUCCAGAACUGACAGACACUGGGGUCAAGUGGUCAGAUCUUGACACAAAAGGAAAGAUAAUAAGAGUUCUGACUGCUGUUGUGAAGCUUGUUCUGCUGCUCGGAUUACUCUACCUGUUUAUUUGCUCCUUGGAUAUUCUCAGCUCGGCUUUCCAGCUAGUGGGAGGUAAAGCUGCUGGGGACAUCUUCCAGGACAAUGCUGUGCUGUCCAACCCUGUGGCCGGCUUGGUGAUCGGGGUGUUAGUCACAGUGCUGGUGCAGAGCUCCAGCACCUCCUCUUCUAUUGUGGUCAGCAUGGUGUCCUCUGGAUUGCUGGAAGUUCAGUCUGCUGUACCAAUCAUCAUGGGAGCCAACAUAGGAACAUCUGUCACCAACACCAUCGUGGCAGUGAUGCAGGCGGGAGACAGAAAUGAGUUCCGCAGAGCCUUUGCCGGUGCUACAGUUCAUGAUUUCUUCAACUGGCUGUCGGUGCUGGUUCUUCUGCCCUUGGAGGCAGCCACAGGGGUUCUGUACAAACUCACCCUCCUCCUUGUCGAGUCUUUUAACAUCCAGACAGGAGAGGACGCCCCUGACCUGCUGAAUGUCAUCACAGACCCCCUCACCAACGCUAUCAUCCAGCUGGACAAGUCUGUAAUCACUGGCAUUGCGACGGGUGACCCCACUGCACGGAACAAGAGUCUGAUCAAGAAGUGGUGCAAAACACAGACAAACACGACUUUUUGGAACAUCACAGUAGAAAGCUGCCCUGCUGGUGCUGUGUGCUGGGAGGAAGGAAACCAGACCUGGACUGAGAUGAACUCCACUUGCACUGACUAUCAAGAAAAAUGCAAACACCUCUUCGUCAACGUUAACUUGCCAGAUCUAGCCGUAGGGCUCAUUCUCCUGGCUCUGUCUCUGCUUGUUCUUUGCACCUGUCUCAUCCUCAUUGUCAAGCUGCUCAACUCCAUGCUGAAGGGGCAGGUGGCUCUGGUCAUCAAGAAAAUACUCAACACAGACUUCCCCUUCCCUUUCGCAUGGGUUACUGGCUACAUUGCUAUUUUAGUCGGAGCAGGAAUGACGUUUAUAGUUCAGAGUAGCUCGGUUUUCACUUCAGCUAUAACACCUCUUGUUGGUAUAGGUGUAAUUAGUCUUGAAAGGGCCUAUCCUCUGACACUGGGGUCAAACAUUGGAACAACAACCACAGCCAUUCUUGCUGCAAUGGCUAGCCCCGGAGAGACACUAGCCAACUCCCUGCAGAUUGCACUUUGCCAUUUCUUCUUCAACAUCAUGGGCAUCAUUCUUUGGUAUCCAAUCCCCUUCACACGGGUGCCCAUCAGGCUGGCCAGAGGUCUGGGGAACAAAACAGCUAAAUACCGCUGGUUUGCUGCCCUCUACCUUUUCCUGUGCUUCCUGGUUCUCCCGCUAAGUGUUUUUGGCCUGUCUCUGGCUGGUUGGCAAAUCCUGGUGGGCGUCGGCGUGCCCAUCGUUGUACUGGCUAUCUUUGUUAUCAUCGUCAACGUGAUGCAGUCUCGAUGCCCGCGCCACCUACCCAAGAUUUUGCGCAGCUGGGACCUUCUGCCCCGGCCCCUGCACUCCAUGGCGCCGUGGGACAAGGUGGUGAGCUCUUCCAUGUUGUUCUGUAGCAGACAUUGCUGCUGCUGCUGCAAAUGCAGCAACUGUUGCAAUAAAGGUGACGAGGAGGAAAAGAUCACAAGAAGCAGCAGGAAAAGCCUGGAGAUGUACGAUAACCCGGCCAUGUUGAGGGACGAAGACUCAAACGUUGUUAGAGCAACACAUCUUUAAUAUCAUGAAGUUUGAU